UUUUGUUUCUAACUAGAUGCUACUAAUGGAAAACUAGAUAUUGCUGCCGAAUGAUUGGAUGCUGCUGGCAGAGGACUAAAUACUGCUAAUGGAAGAUUAGAUAUUGCUUCAAGAUGAGUAGAUACUACUUGCAGAUGAUUGGGCACUGCUUGUAGAUGACUAGAUUCUGCUGGAUUUGGAGAUUCUGCUGAUAAAUGGCUAAAUAUUGCCAAUGGAAGACUAGAUGAUGCUGGCAGAAAACUAGAUACUACUGAUGGAAUAUUAGAUGUUGCUGGCAGAGGACUAGAUACUGCUAAUAGAAGACUAGACACUUCUUCCAGAUGGGUACAGACUGCUGGCAGUAGACAAUUUAGUACUACUGAUGAAAAAAUAGUUACUGCAUAAAGAUGAAAAGACAAGAUAUUUAUCAAUACAACAGAACAACAUUAAUAGCAUAUGAGAUAACUCAUCUGCACUUGGAGAGUGUAAAAGUUUCAUAAACUAUUUAUUCUGUAUUAACUACACCUUAAUGACCUGUAUCAGUAAAGAUAUGGAAUAGGGAUUAGAAAUUACAGAUUAGAUAGAAAAUUAAAAAAAGGAUUAUUCAAGUCAAUCGUAUUUCUCGUAUUUCCGUACAACUUUAGAAUACUUCGUAAGUUUCAUUUCUAUAUGUAGACUAAAACCACUAAAUAUUAUAUAUAAUGCAACCUGAAACAGGAGUCAUCAAACCCUGUGUCUUGCAUGUUCAAGUAUCGAUCGACAUUUGUUGUUUGGAUUGAAUCUAAUUUUCUGUUUGUUAUGCACUUCAAUUGAUGUAUAACGUUGUUGUUUUAAUAAUAAAUAAGUUGUGUGUCAAAUCUAAUGAUUAUUAUAUUUAUUUAAAAAAAAACAUAAAGAAAAAUUAAAUUCAGUAUAAAGCAAAUUCCAAAUAUAGGUCUGAUCUAAUCGACAAAAGUAAAACUGUUCUAGAACGAAGGGUGUUACGCUGCACUCUCACCCUUAAAGUAAACUAUACAAAGAAGUGGUAGCUAUGGAAACUAUACCAAUACAAACAUUUCUUCUCCAAUCGUUGAACUACCGCGGAAAUUGUUAAACCACCACAGUUUUCAAAUAACUUUCCACCAGCAGACGUUAACGAAGAAUAAAGAAAUAAAGAGGUGCGAAAAAUUAAAUAAAAAUCUUUUAAAAAAUAUGAUGGAAACUUGCUCAAGCAAUUUCAUCAAAUACGUGCUAUUUUUAUUUAAUUUAAUAUUUGCAAUUUCUGGAUUAGGUUUAAUCAUAGCUGGAGGAGUGGUUUACGCCAAUGUAGGAGAGUUUAGUCAUUUUAUGGAAGGAAGAAUUUUAGCACCACCCAUCCUUUUAAUCGUUGCUGGUUCCAUCAUUUUUAUUAUAGCUUUCUUAGGUUGUUAUGGAGCCAUUAAAGAAUCUUAUUAUCUUCUUAUAGCAUUUGCUUUAUGUCUACUCUUAAUCCUUAUCGUCGAACUCGCAGUAGGAAUAGCAGCGGCUGUUUUCAAAAAUGAUUUUGAAACCGUAAUGAAAGACACCUUAAAAUCUUCUAUGGAUAAGUACUUGAGUAACAAAGCUGAUAGAAUGGCUUGGGAUCACAUACAAACUGAACUUGAAUGUUGCGGAAUUGAGAGAGCAGACGAUUGGCCAAAAGGCCAACGUCCAUAUUCUUGUUGUCACGCCUUGAACCCCGACGACACUCCACCGGAUUUCAAUCAAUGUCAAAAUGCUCAAAAUGUUGAUCCAAUUUUGUACUCCACCGGGUGCUUGGAAAAAUUGAAAAUGAAAACUUCUUCAAAUGCUUCUAUUUUAAUCGGAGUUGGAAUCGGCAUUGCUUUUAUCGAAGUAAACAAAAACAAUACUAAAUCUAUUUCUUCUCUUAUGAUUAAUGAUUUUUUUUAUUUAAGGUGAUUGGAAUCGUUUUAGCUUGUUGGUUGGCGACUGCUAUUAAAAAGAAAGAAUAAAACGUAACUAAGUAAGUUUAAUAUAUUCACACAUUUAUAUUCAGGAUACAUAUCAUCGUAUUUGUAAAAUAAGUACUAGAAUGUGUAGAAAAUGAGUGUUAAAUUUAACGUUAAAAAAUAUAUUAUUGAUUGUUAGAAUGGAAAAAAAAUUUAAUAUCUAUUUGUUGUUAGUGUUCAUGUAGAACGUCACAUUUAAAUAAAAUGAUAUAUUAUAUGUACUAAUUUAUAAAGAAUUUUAAAUAAAUAUAAAGAUCUUUUUGAAAA